GUGAGCCGCGGACCUACCGGAAAGGGGGUGUGUGUGCGCGUCUGGACUCCGCGGGGUUGGUGGACGGUCUGGCAGCCAGGACACCGGACCGCUCUUAGCGCGUCCGCCUCCGCGCAUUGUUCUCGGGAUCAGUGGCUCUGAGUGCCCGCGGCUCGCUCCAGUCAGGUGCCCCGGCACCCCGGCUCUGUAGAGGUCGUCCCUCUUCCCGUCCCCCCCCCCCCAACACACACACACCAGGAGAGAAGCGAGGGGAAGGACCGCCUGUGCGAUCCAGACACUGCCGAUCGCUCCAGCUGCUCACUGCGCCCCAAGGGCCGGUGCGGAUGGAAGGGCUGGGGGAGCCCAGUUCGUGAGAUUGCGGGGGCUUCAGGCUGCUCCCAGGGCUUAAGAAGGAGCAGCAGCAGGUCGGGAAAGGCGGAACGAAGAAGUGCGCUGGUUUCUCACUGGUGAAGAGCGUCACGCCCCCUCCCCCGAAGAGAACCCGCUCCGAGGGAGCCAGCAAGCGAGCGCAGACUGGAGAGCGGGUUGCUUGCUGCUAGUGGCAAGAAUUGAGUCAUCUGUCUCACCUGGUGGUUAAGAACAUGCCUCAGACUCCUCCCUUUGCCGUGAUGUUUGACAGCAGUGGAUAUAACCGGCCCCUGUAUCAGUCCAAAGAAGAUAGCUGUGAAGGAUUGUGUUACCAUGACAACAGCUUGCUCUCGGGAUCCUUGGAAGCCCUCAUCCAACACUUAGUACCCAGCAUAGACUAUUAUCCUGAUAGAACAUAUAUAUUUACCUUUCUGCUCAGUUCUCGUCUGUUCAUGCAUCCUUUUGAACUAAUGGCCAAGGUUUAUCAUUUGUGCAUCGAGCCCCAGAGGUUAAGUGAUCCCAGCUUGGACAAGAGCCAAAUUCGCAAAAUCGCACCUAAAAUUCUUCAGCUCCUGACAGAAUGGACAGAGACAUUUCCAUAUGAUUUUCGAGAUGAAAGAAUGAUGAGGAAUUUGAAAGACCUCACCCACCGAAUAGCCAGUGUCGAGGAGACUUAUAGGAAGACCGUUCAGCAAAUGAUACAGAGUCUGAUCCGAAAGCUCGCUACUCUUGGCCAGUAUGAAGAGGUCCUGGCAAAAAUUAACGCAACAUCUACAGAUCGACUUACGGUUCUCAAAUCCAAACCACAGUCAAUACAAAGAGAUAUAAUUACCAUCUGCAGUGACCCUUAUACAUUGGCACAACAGCUGACUCACAUAGAGCUGGAGAGGCUCAAUUAUAUUGGACCAGAAGAAUUUGUCCAGGCAUUUCUGCAGAAAGACCCUUUGGACAAUGAGAAGACUUGUUAUGAUGAGCCAAAAAAGACACGAAACCUUGAAGCAUAUGUGGAAUGGUUUAAUCGACUCAGCUACUUGGUUGCCACUGAAAUCUGCAUGCCUGUGAAAAAAAAGCACCGAGCAAGAAUGAUUGAAUAUUUCAUUGAUGUAGCCCGGGAGUGUUUCAACAUUGGCAACUUUAACUCCUUGAUGGCAAUAAUAUCUGGAAUGAACAUGAGUCCUGUCUCCCGGCUAAAGAAAACCUGGGCCAAAGUGAAGACUGCCAAGUUUGACAUUCUAGAGCAUCAGAUGGACCCUUCAAGCAAUUUUUAUAAUUACCGAACAGCUCUCCGAGCAGCUGCACAAAGGUCUUUAACAGCUCACAGCAGCAGAGAGAAGAUCGUGAUACCCUUCUUCAGUCUCUUUAUCAAAGAUAUCUACUUUCUCAAUGAGGGCUGUGCAAAUCGGCUUCCAAAUGGCCAUAUUAACUUUGAGAAAUUUUGGGAGCUGGCCAAACAAGUGAGUGAAUUUAUGAUAUGGAAACAAGUAGAGUGUCCCUUUGAGAGAGAGCGGAAGACAUUGCAGUAUCUGCUCACUGUUCCAGUCUUCAGUGAGGAUGCUCUUUACCUGGCUUCCUAUGAAAGCGAAGGCCCAGAAAAUAACACGGAAAAGGACAGGUGGAAGUCUUUAAGGUCCAACUUCUUAGGCAGAGCUUAAUGUGAGAGAUGCCGAAGUCCACUGCUGUAGCUAACACCAUCCACUGCUGUGUAUUAGUUCCUUCUGGAACACAUCACGUCAUCAUUGUUGUUUUCAGCAUCCAGUGGUAGGAAAGUGAUGGGUGCCCUGAACCCAGCCGACUGAAGGAGGGCUUAUGUGAAUCAACAAAGCACAUUCAUUUGAGAACAGAGGAAGAACAGACUUCCCACAGGAGACAAAUUGAGUCAUCUGAGUGAGACUCAGACACUGACUGAGGGCAGCUUUGACAGAAUCCCCUGAAGCUUUUGGGAUUGCCAUGUGAUUCACCUUUCUCAGACUCUCCAUGGGAAUAAGUCACUUUGUACCUGAAGAGAGACACAGAGAGAGAGUAUAUCUAUAUGCACCCUUUCGCAUUAUUUGGGUUGAAGAUUUGCUGCUAAUGGGACAUGCCAAGGCUCAAUGCCAACUCAUUGAAAAUUGUUCACUUGGGAAAGAAAAAAAAAAGGAAAGAAAAUCUCCAAUUGGAAGACCAUGCUCAAUAAUCCAAGAAGCUCAGCUUAAUCAGUAUUGACAGAGAAAAGACUGGCCCAAAGCUGUCUGCUGAGUUUGUUUCAGUUGGGUGUAUGAUGUGGUGUGUUUUGGUGGGUUCCCCCUGUCCCAUAAGGUAUUGAGUUGGCUGCUGGUUAGCAAACUCAUUUUUACUAAUAUAAAUUAUUUAAAAUAAUAAUGAAGUUUAAUAGUGUGGCAUGGAAGAUGGCCACUAGAAAACUGUCCUUUGAAGCUGGACUAUUUGAUGUGCUAGAAGGUAGUUUUAUUUUCUUCUGAGCUGUUGACAAAUCCCCACUGUGUUCUACCAUUACUUCUUCAGUAGUCUUUAGUUAAUCCUAAUUUCCCAUGACAUCUAUUUCUUUUCCUGUGUAAGUUCAAACAAUUUUACUUUUUGAAAAGAUUCUCUUGGACUACCCAAUACAUCUAAAAUAUCUAUGACAUCAUUUCUCUUGGUUAUUUUCAUGGUAAUAUACACAUAAUCAACAUGUAAUAUGUGUAGCAUCAAUAGAUGAUUCACAUAAGAUAAAUCUACAUGAUGUAAAGUGGUAUAUGUAUAUAAUCAGCAUGUGAUGAGCAUAUGUGGAAGAGGUGGGCUUAAGGCCCCACUCUUAGUUCAAGUUCAGUUUGAGGACAAAAUCAUGGUCAUUGAACAACACAGUUAACAAAAAGAAGGUUGACUCUGUCCUAUGCACCAAGGAUACUGAGGCCCUUAGCAACAGCUUUGGUUGAUGCAUCCUCUUCCUACAGGAAACUCAUCUGGUCAGCAUCAAGAGAAACACGGGCCAAUUGGACGCCCGGGGGCUGCUUUGUUUCCCUUUGGGAAAAGUUAAUCCCCAUCCUAAAAGGGAGGUCUAAAGCUACCCCACAUUGUGGGAAAAUGCUGGUACACUUAAGUCCCUCUGGUGACAAGGUUCCCAGGAUCUUCAGUGGGUCCUUUCACCAUUUAAAUGCUAUCAGGGAUUUUAAAGGACAGUCCCCUUGGCAAGGGCUAUGUAUAUAUGUGUGUCUAUACAUACACAUACACACACAAAACUAUCAUAGUUGCAAAGAAAUUACCUUCAUUAGAAAGAAAAGGUUAAAAAGUGGAGUGAAAAGGCAGCUAGGUGGCAUAGUGGAUAAAGCACCAGCCCUGGAUUCAGGAAGACCUGGGUUCAAAUCUGACCUCAGACACUGACACUUAGUAGCUGUGUGACCCUGGACGAGUCACUUAGCCCUCAUUGCCCCCCAAAAAAAAAGGAAAAAAAGAAAAAAGGGGGGCUGAAAAGAACCAAAGUCAAAGAUCCUAGGCUUUUCCUUCCUCCUUCAGAAGGACCAAUUCUCAAGUCUCACGGUUGGGCGGAUGCAGGGGAUGAUGCUGAGUCUUUGCAGUUAGUGAAGAUGCAUCAGAAUAGCAUGAGGACCAUCUGAACCACAGCACAGAUGAUGGCUCUGACACCAUCGCAGAUUUCUUCUAGUGUGAGGCACUCAGGAGCCCCAGAAACAUCAGAACCAUAUCAUGGACACUUCCCAGCAGUUAUGGCAGAGACAUCAUUGUCAUAAGCCUCUUGCAUGCAACCUGUCCCGGAAUCGAAGCUGGUACCAAGGCUCUGCUUUUUGUGCCUCCUCCCACUCAGUAUCCCCAUGAAAACCUUCACCUUCCGGGGGGGCCCCUUACAGGGAUGAUAACAAGUCUAGUCAGUUCAGUAGAUAGAGCAAUAGACCUAGAAUUAGGAAGACCUGAGUUCAAAUCUUGCUUCAGGCACUAGCUGUGUGACCCUGGGCAAAUCACUUAACCUUGGUUUGCCUUAAUCCACUGAAAAAGGAAAUGGCAAACCACUCCAGUAUCUUUGCCAAGAAAACCCCAUGGACUGCAGUACUGGUGCCCAUGGGAUCACAAAGAGUCAGACACAAUUGAAUGAUUAACCAAUAACAACCAAGUCUUUUCCCCCUUAAAGUUCUCUACUGAAGCGCUGCCCUCUUUCCAAAGGAGCUGGGCAAGGACCAUCUUUCACUUUCAUCCAGGGACUCAUGAUUGCCAACAAGUUGGCUAAGUCAUCUCCUUUUCUUCCAUGUAAAUUCAUACUCACCCAUAGUUCUAUCAAGACAGUUUUCCAUUUCCCAUAUUGUUAAAAAGCAGGUCACCUUCCAACAAUUUCAUCCAAUGAAUUCCCUACACAUUCUAUGGGAAGAGUUGUCCAAACCACCCCUGGGGAAAAGAGACCUGCUAAUUGAGGAGGUCCUAAAUCGUUUCACCGUACUGUAUUAAAGAACCCUGAGGAAGCAGGGACUUUGAAGUCCAGAAGACACAGUGCCAGAAGUGCCCACACAGGGAUCGACUUACAAGAGCUUAUUAAUGUCCAUUCACACAAUACACUCUGAUUAGCCACUAUAAGUCCACAUCUCAGCCACCCAAAAAGGAAUAAAGGGGCACCACUACAGGAGGCUAAUUGAUUUAGUUGGCUCUGUAAGGAGCAAGUCCUCAGAGCUCUCCAAGACUGAAAUUCCAGUAGGGCUUCCAGGGGCUCUGUUCAGGUGCUAGUUCAGUGGGUGGGCAUUGGCCCUAGUGGCUGCACUGGGGACAGGGUCUAGUGUAUCCCAGGAGGGUAAGUGGCACUACAAGUGGCUACUGUACUGCCUCACGUCUCACAACUGGUGGACAGUUAGUAGCUUAGGAGGGAUCCCGGGGAAAGAUUCACGCAUGGGAAGUGUUAAGUGAGAUACCUAUUGCACAUCCAGUUCAAAAUGUCCAAAAGCAAGAUGGUGGUAGACUGGAGCUCUGAUUAGAUAUAUAGAUCUGAGAAGGAGGAGGGAGGGAAGGAAGGAAGAUGGGAGGGAGAGAGCGAGGGAAGGAA